AUGACCUGGCCAGAUCAGUCAGACACGGAAGAAGAGCGUAUCCUGAAGCUGUUGCGCGAACAGCAGUCGCGUACAGCGACCCCUGAGCAGGCUGAAUUUGAGAGUCUUUCCAAGACGCGUAAACUGGAGAAACUGAACGAGCUGGUGAAGCGUUCGCAAGUGUUCAGUAGUAUCAUUGCUGACACGCUUUUGGACAGUUCCAAGAAGGAGGAAGUAGAAAGCAAGCAGAAGCGUCGCAAGACAAAUGACAGGAAGGCUGCCCAGGAUGAAUCUGUGCAGCCAAAACUACUCACCGGGUGCCAAAUGAAAGACUAUCAGAUAGCAGGUAUGGAAUGGCUGAUCACGUUGUAUCAAAACGGUCUCAACGGGAUCUUGGCCGACGAAAUGGGACUUGGAAAGACUUUGCAAAGUAUCGCCUUGAUUGCGUUUUUGAUUGAGCAAGGAAUCGAAGGCCCAUUUCUCAUAUGCUGUCCGUUGUCGACUGUAUCCAAUUGGAUCUCCGAGUUUGAGAGGUUUGCUCCGAAAAUCAAGGUUCUUGCUUAUGUUGGCACCAAGACGCAACGUCCAAAGUUGCGGCGACAGUUCUCCAAAAGUGCGGUAAUCGUCACCUCCUACGAGAUCAGCAUACGCGAUUUCCGCUAUUUGAGCGCCAAACUGUGGAAAUAUCUGAUCGUAGACGAGGGACACCGUCUUAAGAAUAGUGAGUGUCUUUUGAUCCGCCAACUGAAACGUCUUAGGACCUCAAACCGCUUGCUUUUGACGGGUACACCUCUGCAGAACAAUUUGAAUGAGCUUUGGUCUCUGCUGAACUUUAUUUUGCCGGAGAUUUUCCAUGACGUUGAUAUGUUUCAACAGUGGUUUGAUUUUUCUGCUCUGGAAGAAAUGAAAGAUGAGGAUACGGAGUUCAACGAGUUGAUCAAUGCAGAGAUUCAAAAAAGCUUGGUCACCAACCUGCACACUAUUUUGCAGCCUUUUCUGCUCCGCAGGCUAAAACGAGACGUGAUACAAGGCCUGCCACCAAAGAGAGAGUUUAUUAUUUAUGGCAAGCUCACGUCUAAACAGGAACAACUUUAUCGUGCUACACUGGGUCAAACGUUGAAAGAAUGCUUAUUGGUGAAUGGUUUAAAAGAAUACCUUUCAGUAAACCAUUUAUUGCAGGUCUCUGACGAGGAGGUCGAAAAGUUUGUGGCUCUGGAAGAUAAGCCAAAAGACCAUAAAUUGUACGAACAUUUUGAGUUUGUCAGGAAACAGGUUGGAACCAAAAAGCUAAUGAACGUGAUGAUGCAGCUGCGGCUGGUUUGCGACUCACCUCAUCUUUUUUUCUAUCCGUGGAACGACUACGCGGACUCAGGGUUGGUGGAACAGUCUGCCAAGUUGCAACUUUUAGAUCAAUUGCUUCCAGCGCUUCAUAAAGAUGGACACCGGGUUUUGAUCUUCACACAGUUCACGUCAAUGCUAGACCUGAUUGAAGAAUUUGUCAACAAUACACUAGGAUACAAGUCCUGUCGAAUAGACGGGUCCACCGAUCAGGCAGACCGUAAAGACGAGAUUGAUAGAUUUUCAACCGAGGAGGUGGACGUGUUUUUGUUGUCUACGCGUGCUGGAGGCCUAGGACUUAAUUUAACGGCUGCUGACUCGGUUAUUCUAUUCGACUCAGACUGGAAUCCGCAGGUCGAUCUCCAAGCAAUGGAUAGAGUCCACAGAAUAGGCCAGACCAAACCUGUGUCAGUUUAUCGACUGGUGAUUGCCAACACUGUUGAAGAGAUCAUGCUGGCAAAGGCAGACUCCAAAAGACGUCUCGAAAGGCUGGUCAUCCAGCUAGGUCAUUUUGAAGAUCUUUUGAAUUAUGGUACCGGCAACAGGAAGCCACAGGAUGCUCUUUUGGACAAUCUUAGUGAAUUCCUCAGUGCGAAAGAGUUUAGAAAAAGAGAGAUUGUAGACAACAAGCUUUCGGACGAAGAAAUGCGAGAAUUGCUUGACAGGUCGCCAGAAGCCUUCCAGAGAGAAAAUGACGACCAUUUCGCCCACUUGAUGCUCUUUGAAACAAUUAAUUCCUUACAGUAG